AUGACUGGAUUUCAUCACUUGCCUGACGAAGAACUUGAUGAAAAAGUCAAAGAAUUUAUUUUAAAUCAUGGCUGCACAACUGGACAGUGGUAUGUCGAAGGUUACCUGAAGUCAGUUGGCUUAAGAAUUCAAAGAAAAAGAAUAAGAGAAAGUAUGGCAAGAGUUGACCCACACAACACUGCAUUACGUUGGGGUAUUGUUAUUUCUCGCAGGCAAUAUCAAGUUCCUUGGCCAAAUUCCCUAUGGCACCUGGAUGGCCAUCAUUCUUUGAUUAGAUGGAAGAUGGUUAUUCACGGUUGCAUAGAUGGUUAUUCCAGACGAAUAAUGUUUUUAAGAUGUAGUGCAAACAAUCUUGCAGAAACUAUUCUUGAACUGUUUUUGGAUGCCGUAAAAAUGGAUGGGAACUUAUGGCCCUCACACAUCAGGGUUGACAAGGGUGUUGAAAAUGUGCUAGUAUGCGAUGCCAUGAUACAAGCUAGGGGAGAAGGCACACAACCAGCACAUCGAACGACUGUGGAGGGAUGUUUUUCGAUGUGUAUGCCAUCUUUACUAUUAUAUCUUCUAUGCUAUGGAGUCUACUGGUAUCCUUGA